AGGGGGUUAGAUUGACUGAUUUAGAGCAAAACUGUAAUAAAUAAAAGUAACUAGCCAAUAACUCGUUAAAUUCAAUCUGGAGAAGGGUCUUACAAUUUGAUACUCCACACAGAGCGAGAGGGAUUGAAAGUUUAACUAACAGUUAAAACUCCACGUGCCUGUAAAUUGGAAGAUAACCAGCCGUAAACUCAAGAGAAACACUCUGCAACGUCGUUGCAAAAGUUAAGACAUAAAAGUGAAACGUGCACCGCUGAGGGCAGGAAAAGAGCGCGUGGGUAAUACGAUAGUCAAAAACUAGAUCAGCAGAGGGUUCAGAGGGGUUCAAAAUACAGCGAUACGCAUAAACCGAGAGUCACCGAGUCGUCUUCAUGUGAACGGGACUAACAUCAGACAGACAUCAGAGAGAAGUGGACGAACAAUAAUGUUGACUAUCAGCGCGAAAGUUAAAAGGAUCUUAAGAUUGGCCGAGAUGGAGAAGCACCGCUUGUAGUCGUAUAUUUGGAAGUAAAACACUGAAUACAUUGCGAAAACGCUACACGAGUGUGCUUUAUUUAUCGCCAACCGUUAAAAAGCAUUGCAAGUACUAAAAUAUGCGCGCUGCUUAGCACGUUUUGGACAAGAAACCCAACAAACCCUGGAGCAAAACAGCAAGAGCGGAGACCAAAUCUGAAACCCAAGCUUGCAAGGAGUGAUCGGAGCUUUCUUUAAGACCCAUCCCAGGGUGCUGAAGAUCUCGAAGAGCUGCGACAAAUCCAAGCAUCACAAAGCACCACAACGUUAGCCGCAAAAGCCAGACCACUUGGUAAUUUUAUUUUGGAAAAGAAAUGCACAAAGUCAGAGGGAAGGUUUUGUUGCUGUGGGUGUUCUUCUUGACACUCUUCCUGGUGCUGGUCAAGGGGUUUCCCACAAAAAAACACAAGAACAGUUCCCCAAAGAUUAGAAGCGGCGCAUUUUUGGAGAGGGCUAAAGCUCAAACAGCCUCCAGAGAUGGCCAUCAAGGGCUGGGGGUUCUUCAGCAGCAGAACCAGGUGAAGAGUGUCCCGUCUUCUCCGCGGCGGCACAAGAGGCGCUGGUCCCAGCAACGCUACGAGGGGGUCCUGCCAAAACCCGAACCGGAGGAAGAGACCAAGCCCUUUGUCCUGGACCUGAAGAACUUCCCCGACCUCGCGAAUGCGGACCUCAACUCCCAGAAUCCGAACAUUCAGGUAACCAUUGAGGUUGUGGAUGACCCUCAGAUGGAGAUAGAGAUGGACCUGGCCAAGGAGGGCCGCAAUGACUGGUCCUUGUCCUCCGUGGACUGGAUGGGCAACAAGAAGCUGUUCUGGCCCCUUUUCUGGGAAUACCCGGACUCGAGCGAGGACGGGACGGGCCGCGUGAGCCUGGAGGACUCGGGGGAGGACUACACCCUGGAGUACGACAGCGAGGAGUCCGUCCUGAGCGGAGUGGGGGGAGACUGGGACAGCCGAUGGAACAAGGGAUGGGACUCCAAGGACAACUAUGAAUAUGAGGAGGAGGAGGAGUGGAGCGCCUGGUCGCCUUGCAGUGUCACAUGUGGCCACGGCAACCAGAAGAGGAUCCGGUCGUGUGGCUACGCCUGCACGGCGACGGAGUCCAGAACUUGUGACCUCGAAAGAUGCCCAGAUGACCUGAACGCAGUGACUGACCUCAUGCCCUAUGAGAUGGAGAACGGCACGGAGCCUUUCGAUGCAGAUGUGGACAGCUGUGAAAAGUGGCUGAACUGCAAGAACGACUUCCUGCAGAAGUACCUCCACCAGGUCCUGACGGAGCUGCCCAGCUGCCCGUGCAGCUACCCCUCGGAGGUGGUCUACAGCGCCGUCAACAUCUUCGACGAGAAGCUGAAGAAGACCUACCGGUGGCGCGACGCCAGCGGGCCCAAGGAGCGGCUGGACAUCUACAAGCCCACCGCCAAGUUCUGCGUGCGUUCCAUGCUCUCCUUCGACAGCACCACGCUGGCGGCACAGCACUGCUGCUACAACGAGCACAUGAAGCUCAUCACCCGGGGCAAGGGGGCCGGCGCCCCCAACCUCAUCAGCACCGAGUUCUCCCCCGAGCUCCACUACAAGGUGGACGUGCUGCCCUGGAUCCUGUGCAAGGGCGACUGGAGCCGCUUCCACGCCGUCCGGCCCCCCAACAACGGCCUGCAGUGUGCGGAGAACCCCCAGGAGGACGUCUACAUGAGCGAGCUGGAGGAGGCCAGGGAGUACUGAGUCCUUGGGGAAAAAAGGGGAAAAAAAAAAAACGUAAAUCUCCUUCAGUCCCGCGUGGUGUCGCAGUGAUGCACAGAAUGGACAGACCGCAACGAAACGUAUCUCUCAGAAAGCUUUCCCAAGCCUUUUCUGCAUCCAGCAUGAGAUUCGACCUUUUCAUUUACUGUGGAAUGCUGUAACGUGUCUAUGUAUGACGCAUUACGCUGGUGUCCAAAAGCUAGGGUGGUUGAUACUGGCACUUUUCUCUUGAAAAGAAUAACCUCCCCCAACCCC